CCCGGAAGGAGCCAUCCUGCGGCACUUGAACCAGUGAGUGAAAGCGGCGACGCCCGCCGGUUGCCGGCGAGGCAAAGCUAGUGUCCUCCGCCUCUUCUCAUAGGGCUCCCCUAAAGAAGGAGGGCGAGCAGCGUGCAUUCGCACCGCUCCUCCUUCGUUUCUGUUCCCCAAUUAGGGCCUCCCCAUCCCCCGCCGCCCAAGCCCUGCGUGGGCUGAGCGCUCCAUCCCUACACUUUGGCCUCACUGCGGCGCCCAGAUUUUGUGCGGCCUCCGGGUCCCGGGCCCCUGUCCUGUCGCCCCGCCGCUGGAGCUGUGACCGCCCUGCCCGCCGUUCUUCCGCUGCCACCGCUGCCGGCACCAUGGGCAGUGAGCAGAGCUCCGAGGCCGAGAGCCGACCCAACGAUCUGAACUCCUCAGUGACUCCUUCUCCAGCCAAGCAUAGAGCCAAGAUGGAUGAUAUUGUGGUUGUAGCUCAGGGCUCCCAGGCCUCACGGAAUGUCAGCAACGAUCCUGACGUCAUCAAGCUGCAAGAGAUUCCAACCUUCCAGCCCCUUUUGAAAGGGCUAUUGAGCGGCCAGACUUCUCCAACAAAUGCCAAAUUGGAGAAAUUGGAUUCUCAGCAGGUGUUGCAGCUCUGCCUCCGAUAUCAGGAUCACCUGCAUCAGUGUGCAGAGGCCGUUGCUUUUGAUCAGAAUGCUUUGGUGAAACGAAUCAAAGAGAUGGACCUGUCUGUGGAAACCCUCUUCAGCUUCAUGCAGGAGCGCCAGAAAAGGUACGCCAAGUACGCCGAGCAGAUGCAGAAAGUGAACGAGAUGUCGGCCAUCCUGCGGCGCAUACAGAUGGGCAUCGACCAGACCGUGCCGCUCGUGGAGCGGCUCAACAGCGCGCUGCCCGAGAGCGAGCGCCUGGAGCCCUUCAGCAUGCAGCCGGGCCGCGAGCUCAAGCUGUGAGCGCCGCCUCCCUCCCGCCGGCCGCCGUGCGGGGCGGGGACACUACACCCGAGGACACGACACCCACAGCCAGAGUCGCGCCGUGCGCCCGCGGCCGGAAGCUCCCCGCUGCGGGCGUCGGUGGCCCGGCUGGCGCGAAGCCUGCCGUUGGCCUGCUCUUUCCCCUGGCGCGGUCUCCCCGUGCAAAAUGACGCAAACUAACUCGCGGCGAUGCCCGAAGCUGGAACAUUUGAGUCAUUAGGAUUCUUUAAAGAACUCUGCAUCGAGAAUUGUUUUUAUUUUGUUUGUUUUUUUUAAUUAAAGUGGAUAUAGUUUAGCUGCCGGAGUACAGACGUGGAGAGAAUAGUGUUAAGCAGCUCUGUGUUCCCCACGCCCUCGUGACGGUUUACUCAGCGCGCGCAAUGUGAGUUGCAAACAUAAAAACUCAUUCGAUCUAGGUCCGCGUGUUGUUCCUGUUCCUACCCUG